GCAUUGGCUGACGAGCGCCUACACGCAGUUCGCGGUGCCCUACUUCAUCUACGACAUCUACGCCAUGUUCCUGUGCCACUGGCACAAGUACCGGGUAAAGGGGCACGAGAGCGCGGGGCCCCGCUCGCUGCGCACCGUCACCCGCACCUUCCUGCACAAGGAGUUCCUCAUGGUGCUGCACCACCUCUGCAUGGUGCUGGUGUGCUUCCCCAUCUCCAUGCUGUGGCGCCAGGGGAAGGGCGAUUUCUUCCUGGGCUGCAUGCUGAUGGCUGAGCUGAGCACCCCCUUCGUCUGCCUGGGCAAGGUGCUCAUCCUGUACAAGCAGCAGCACACCCUGCUGCACAAGGUGAACGGGCUGCUCAUGCUGGUGACCUUCUUCUGCUGCCGCAUCCUGCUCUUCCCCUAUAUGUACUGGGCCUACGGGCGCCACGCCGGGCUGCCCCUGCACCGCGUGCCCCUCGCCCUGCCGCCCGCCUACAACCUGGGCGCCGCCCUGCUCCUGGGCCCCCAGCUCUACUGGUUCGGCCUUAUCUGCCGCGGGGCCUUCCGCCUCUUCCGCCGCGCCCGGCCCAAGGACGCCGCCGCCCUGCGCAACGGGCACGGCCCCGGAGGGCGGGCGCUGGACUGAGCCCUCCGUGCCAACGGGCACGGCCCCGGAGGGCGGGCGCUGGACUGAGCCCUCCGUGCCAACGGGCACGGCCCCGGAGGGCGGGCGCUGGACUGAGACCCCCGUGCCAUGGGCACCGCCCCAGGGGCAGGCACUGGACUGAGACCCCCGUGCCAUGGGCACCGCCCCAGGGGCAGGCACUGGACUGAGCCCUCCGUGCCAUGGGCACUGCCCUGGGGCAGGCACUGGACUGAGACCUCCCAGCCCACCUGCUCUGCACCAAGGACAUGGGCCGGGGGGGGGGAGGGGGGGCUUGCUGGCCUGAGACCCCCCCACACCUGCUCGGUGCCACGGGCACUGCUCAGAGGGGUGGGCACUGCAUGGGGGCAGAGCCCCAGGCGCUGGCCUGAGCCCGUCCCUCGUGGUGGGCAGAGGGGUGACCUGACACCCGCUGCCAGCAGCUUCGAACUUAUUUAUUUAUUUAUUGGGGGCCUGCCCUGGAAUUCUCCGGGAGCUGCUGCAGGAGGGAGCGGGGCCCCAUUGGGCCCCCCACUUCUCCAGGGACUGCCCAGUAGGGGCUGGGGCGGUCCCUCUGGGCGGUGCUCAGUGGGGCACAGCUCAGACACCCCCUAAUCACGGGGGAUGUGGUGCAAAUUGGGGGGGGCCAGCUGUGCUGGGAGGUGGGGGCUUGGCCUGGAGAUUGGGGGGAACCCCUGGGAAUCUCAGGGGCCACCCAGGGGAUUGGGUGGGGGCACAGCCAGACUCCACCUGCAGACAGGGUUUGGGUGGACUUGGGGACCCCCCGCACUGCCCCCCACUGUAGCAAUAACCAGGCAGUGGGUGGGGAACUGACCCUCCCCAAAGACUGCAGGCUCUGCCCCCCCAGCCCCUCCCUGGGGCAGGAUGUAAAUGGGGGGGUUAUAACCCCAGGGGCCGCAAAGGAUUAAAGGAGCCUUCAUCUAAUGCCA